GUGCAGUCUUAAAAGCAAGUUUCUCUCUUUUUCUCCCUGAAAAAUUACCUUUUGUUUUCCUUUUCAAUUCUCCUCUCGCCUACUUUUCCUCCUCCCCAUCCCCGGUGGCUUGGACAGAGACGCCACGGGGAGGUCUACGAGGAAAGAUAAGCUCUCCGGCGAGGUAUCGCUCAUGGAGGUUUCCCACCACAGGGCCGCCCACGGGGGUUGUACACGAGACCGGAGCCUAGCGCCCUCCGCCACGGUGGACUCAUCGCUGGCUUACCUCGAGCUCCGGAGCCGCCGCCUCUCCAAGCUCCCUCUUCCAUCAGCUGACUCACGCGAGAUUUCUACUAAAUCCCAUCGUUCUAAAGCUACUAGCUUGGAGCGAGCUAACCGAAGUCUGAGGAAGGGUUCAGAGUCGAUCACCGCCUCCGACAAGCGCGAGGAAGCAGGGGAAGCAACAGAGGCAGAAGUCGAUGCGGUGCCGGACUUGGAAGUGUCGUUUGCGGAGAACAUUCAUAGUGUCCAAGACACUGAAAGAUGCUAUCACAAUGAUGGGGACCAAAGACCUACCACUUCAGCUUUGCAUACCGUGUGCCAGCGCUUUCCGACGCAGCAAGACAUGGACGAGUUCUUUGCUAACAUUGAGCAGCAUCACCAACGAAAUCUAAAAGAGAAGUACAAUUUUGACUUUGUUAAUGAGAACCCGCUCCCUGGCCGGUACGAGUGGGCGAGACCCGACUGCUUUUAGUUAUCGGAUCUUCUUCACUGCCGCUUUUUCUGGAACUCAGAUAACUGUCUGAUGUUGUUCCACUUCCAGUCUUCUUUGUUUGAUUCGAUGAUCGAUUGAAGUUCGCUUGUUCAAUCUGAAGGUAUGCAUGCAUCUUAUAGAGCUGGCGAAACAUGUUGGAAAAAGAUUUGGUCAGCAUGAGAACAUGUUGUGUGUUGAAUGCUCAUGUUGAAUCUCUGUUAAUCGAUCCCUGUUUUGUCAUUGGAAUGUUUGGAUCGAUUGGAGUGUGAUACUGUCGCGCCAUCAGUUGCUAGAGAUGAAGAAAUCGCUCGCAGUGCAGAAGAAAUCUACAGGAGAAAUACCGACGAUCAGAAAAAC